AUGGCGGCCUUCCCGGGUCAGAUUGCCUCUCGGACGCAUGAACACUUUUUCCUGAGCGUUGGAGUGGUGGGGCGCAGCGGCAUGACUGGCAGCACCUUCCACGCCUGGGAGUUUCUCUCAGGUCUUCCGCAUCCCCUGGAGCCUCUCAGCCCCAGCUCCUCCCUGCACGCGCUGGUGCUCGCGGGACCGUUCAGCGAGAAGGAGAAGUUGGACUUCUCCGCUUUGGACUCCGCCCUCGCAGAUGCCGCCCUUGUGCGGCCGGAGGUGCGACCAGAGAAGCUGUUCGCUCAAGCCAUGAACUGA